UUUAAGGAUUUAAGAGUUCAAUUUUAUUGCACUGAGAAGGAGAUGGAGAGAGAUUGCCAUCUCUUGUCUAGUAAGAGCAAAUAGCUUGAAUAACCUCAUUUUCCAAUAUGCUAUUUAUACAACUGUGAGGUCAUGGUAAUUUAGAUAGUUUAGAAUUCCUGGUUCUUCCUGGAUUGUAGCCAAGUGACUUUUUCAUUUUCAUAUUAAAAGGAAAAUUGUCAUGUCAUCUUAGAGUGGUGUCACAUUGCUGGCAAGAGCCCAUUUAAUUGGCAGCAUAAUCCUCAAACAAUUGUAUUACCUAUCACCCUGCUGUUUGAUGGAGUGGACCCACUACUUGUCUGGAAAGUCCAUCCUCACCCUGACUGCACACAAUUGCCCAAAUAGCAGCUCUGCCAGCUUUGAGUAAAGAUAACAAAUAUCUGUGUGCUCCAGGAAAAACCAGUGGACUCAAGAUUGGCCCACUAAGAGUAUGUAAGGCUUGUGAGUGUAGUGACAUAAGAGCCACUUAUUAACAGUUUGAGUUUAUGCCUUGAUUUCCCAGGGGCAGGGACGAUAAUGUGAGCAACUGCUUAGAGAUCCCACAGGAUCUAGGGGCUAACUUCUUCCCACUAAUUUUAGGCUGCUGGAAACCCAAAUAAAAAAGUCACCCCUCCUUGAGAAGUCCCUACCUGCAGCUGCUGGUGUCAGUACUGGAAUCUCGUCCCAGUGUGACCUUCAUUGCCUCUGUCAGUGUGACAGGUUCCACAGAGCUGUCACCCUGCAAACUCACCCUUCCUCCAGGAGCACAGACACAGAGCUGCAGUGGAGGGUACCCGUGUGACUUCCCCGUAUGACACAGAAUUGCCUUCAUGUGAAGUGGAAGCCAAGAGGAAGAGUCAAGCAAAAAGAUCCCAGAGGCUGCCAUCGUUUGGGGCAUCUUAAACGUAGAAGGGAAGGAACGCCCAAUUUCACUUCAGGCACCCAGCCACAGGAACGUUCCCAAGGUCAAGCCCUUGCAUUAACAGUGCUCAGCAUGGCGGGGAUUCCAGGGCUCCUCUUCCUUCUCUUCCUCCUUCUGCUCUGUGCUGUUGGGCAAGUGAGCCCUUACAGUGUCCCCUGGAAACCCACUUGGCCCGCGUACCGCCUCCCUGUCGUCUUGCCCCAGUCUACCCUCAAUUUAGCCAAGCCAGACUUUGGAGCAGAAGCCAAAUUGGAAGUAUCCUCUUCAUGUGGACCCCAAUGUCAUAAGGGAACUCCACUUCCCACUUACGAAGAGGCCAAGCAGUAUCUGUCUUAUGAAACGCUCUAUGCCAAUGGCAGCCGCACAGAGACGCAGGUGGGCAUCUACAUCCUCAGCAGUAGUGGAGGUGGGGCCCAACACCGAGACUCGGGAUCUUCAGGAAAGUCCCGGAGGAAGCGGCAGAUUUAUGGCUAUGACAGCAGGUUCAACAUUUUUGGGAAGGACUUCCUGCUGAACUACCCUUUCUCAACCUCAGUGAAGUUAUCCACGGGCUGCACCGGCACCCUGGUGGCGGAGAAGCAUGUCCUCACAGCUGCCCACUGCAUACAUGAUGGAAAGACCUAUGUGAAAGGAACCCAGAAGCUUCGAGUGGGCUUCCUGAAGCCCAAGUUUAAAGACGGUGGUCGAGGGGCCAACGACUCCACUUCAGCCAUGCCUGAGAAGAUGAAAUUUCAGUGGAUCCGGGUGAAACGCACUCAUGUGCCCAAGGGCUGGAUCAAGGGCAAUGCCAAUGACAUUGGCAUGGAUUAUGACUAUGCCCUCUUGGAACUCAAAAAGCCCCACAAGAGAAAAUUUAUGAAGAUUGGGGUGAGCCCUCCAGCUAAGCAGCUACCAGGGGGCAGAAUCCACUUCUCUGGUUAUGACAAUGACCGGCCAGGCAAUUUGGUGUAUCGCUUCUGUGAUGUCAAAGAUGAGACCUAUGACCUGCUCUACCAGCAAUGUGAUGCCCAGCCAGGGGCCAGCGGGUCAGGGGUCUACGUGAGGAUGUGGAAAAGACAGCAGCAAAAAUGGGAGCGAAAAAUUAUCGGCAUCUUUUCAGGGCACCAGUGGGUGGACAUGAAUGGCUCCCCUCAGGAUUUCAAUGUAGCUGUCAGAAUCACCCCUCUCAAAUAUGCCCAGAUUUGCUAUUGGAUUAAAGGAAACUACUUGGAUUGUAGGGAGGGGUGACACAGCAUUCUUUCCUGGCAGCACUUAAGGGUCUUCAUGUACUUAUUUUAGGAGACGCUAAAUUGUUUUUUGUCAUUGGUGUGCACGUGUGUGUGUGUGUGUGUGUGUGUGUGUGAGAGAGAUGUGUCAUAUAAUCCACCUAAUUUCUUAAGAUUGCGAGAUGACUGGCUUUAUCAUUUGAAAACCGGUUUGUGUAUCAUAUCAUAUCAUUUAAGCAGUUUGAAGACCUACUUUUGCAUAGAUUAAAAAAAAUACUGAUGUUUGGGGCAAUGGAGAAUAUUUGACAAUUAAGUUAAUCCUUCACAUUUUUGAAAACUUUGAUUUUUAUUUCAUCUGAACUUGUUUCAAAGGUUUAUAUUAAAUAUUUGGCAUACAAGAGAUAUGAA